AUGACGCUAUUAAACGACCUACUUGACGAGAUUUUUCUAUGGGUUGUGAGUCUGAUUGUUGAUACAUUCUUCAGAGAAGUCAGUAUCCGCGGCUCUUACAACCUCCCUUCCAAGGGCGCGACAUUAGUGGUCAUUGGACCCCAUCAUAAUCAAUUUCUUGACGCCGGAUUGGCCACCCACGCCAUCCACAAAAUCAAUGGACGUCGAACGCUGUUCAUCGAGGCUGCCGUGUCUUUGAGAAAACCGAUUAUUGGUCCUCUUAGUCGGUGGAGUGGCGCCAUCCCAGUGGAGAGGGCACAAGACCUUCUUACAAACAAGACCGGAAUCAUCCGUUUCAAGGACGCAAAGAAAGACCCGUUGACCAUCGUUGGAGAAGGAACAAGGUUCACGGUCGACUGCGAGGUGAAGGGACUCAUUGGACUGCCAGAAAGUGGUGGUAAUCAGAAAAUCGCAGAAAUCAUUAGUGAUACGGAGCUGAAACUCGCAAAACCCAUUUCCAAACAGAGAGGUGUGGAUAUGCUCACAAGGGGUACCACAUACAAGUCCGCGCCCAAAAUUGACAACCAUGCUGUUUUCAAAGAGGUUUUCCGCAGAUUGCACGCGGGAGAGCUGAUUGGUAUUGCCAGCGAAGGAGGCUCCCACGAUCGCACGGAGCUGCUUCCUUUGAAACCAGGUGUUGGUAUCAUGGCCCUAGGAACUGUUUCUGAGUUUGAAAACACUGAGGUUACAAUCGUUCCUUGUGGAAUGAACUACUUCCACCCACACAAGUUCCGUUCGAGAGCAGUUUUGGAGUUUGGUGCUCCAAUCACCGUGGGACCAGAAGACGCUACAGCAUACAGAAACGACUCGAGGAAAACCGUUGACAAGCUGAUGGACGCGAUCACAACGGCUUUGAAAUCGGUCACUGUCCAGACCCCAGAUUUCGAAACCCUCCAGGUUAUCCAGGCUGCCAGACGGCUUUACUCACCUCCAAACAAGACGUUGCCGUUGCCAUUGGUGGUGGAGAUGAACCGUAACUUGUCCAUUGGAUACAGCAAGUACAAAGACGAUCCAGAAAUCCAGCAUUUGAAAGAAAGCGUGGUUAAGUACAACAAGAAGUUGAACUACCUGGGCAUCAAAGAUUACCAGGUUGACCAUAUUACGAAAAAUCGGUUCCACACGCUCUUGUUGUUGACACAGAGAACAGUUUCGCUGCUGUUCCUCUUGGUCUUGUGUCUCCCUGGAACUGUUCUCUUUUCCCCAGUGUUUGUGGCCUGCAAGGUGAUUUCUCAAAAGAAACAGAAAGAAGCACUAGCUGGAUCUAGUGUUAAGAUCAAAGCUAUUGAUGUGCUGGGAUCGUGGAAAGUAUUGAUAGCCUUGGUGGUGGCGCCAAUUUGCUACUUUGCCUACUCGCUUCUCGGCACCUGUCUGAUUUUCAAGUAUGGAUUUUUGAGCAAAACCUUCCUGCAUGCUAUAGUUGCGUUUGUUUCAUGCUGGAUUUUACUUGUUUCCACCACAUACUCUGCGUUUAAGAUCGGAGAGGUUGGUAUGGACAUUUUCAAGUCUUUACGGCCACUAAUUUUGUCGCUAUCGCCUGAGUCAAGAGACUUGGACGAAUUGAAGGAGGAAAGACAGAGACUGUCCGGCGAGAUUACAAAAGUGGUUAACGAACUUGGUCCAAAAGUGUUCCCAAGACUCGACAGACAGAGCCUGGCUCGUUUGGAGGAAGAAUACGAAGCAGAGGUCGAAGAGAGGGAGUCGAGAUCACGGUCAAGGUCACGGUCGAGAUCCAGAUCGCGGUCGCUUUCGCGGACGUCUACACAAUCCGGGUUCAGCGAGAACAAAAUGCCGAAUCUUUCUGAUGUGUCGAUUUUCCCUGAUACCAUGCGGCUAAGAGAACACACAGUUUCUCCAAACUCUUCGUCGAACUCGAGCUUUGUGAACCUGGACAGCGCGGUGAGAGACUCGGCUACCGAGUACGGCGAGCCGCGAGUCGGGCUGCUCUCGAAAGUGAGAAACGCCGUUCUAAAGAAACGUAACGAGGAAGCACAGUUUGGAAGCAAAAAAAUUGAUUGA